AUGAAACCACCUCAUGGAAUCUCACCAUCAUCGAGAAUUCAAUCCUUAAAUAAACAAGAAAGAUUAAAGCAAUUUGCAGAUCGACAAGAAGAUGAAAUAUUUGGAGACAUAGAAGGCAUAGAUUUUGGAAUCAGUCAUCAAAUGGAAAAUACCCUACGCGUGAAUCGCGACAAUCCAACUGAUUUGGAAACAUUAAAAUUGAAUCAACUUUCAUUGGAAGACAGCCCUUAUGGAAAUGUCAAAACACACAAGUACAACAAGGGCAGCAGGCUGAAUAAAAGCGUGCUGCCUCAACUGUUUUUUCUUACUCCUACCAAUCGUGAAGAUCCACUUCCGAAUUCGGGAUCAACCAGUAGCGGCAAACGAAUAACGAGAGAAUAUUUGAGUGAAUACAGCGAGGAGAAUGAUACUGACGUUACGUCAGAGUUUACUGAUAAUGAUUUCGAUGGAUGGGAUUUGCUUACGAAAAAUGAAGAAGGUCAAGGAGAUCAAACUAGCAUAUAUCAAAAGAUGAACCAGCAUUUAAUCGCCAGGAAAGUUCAACAACAAAAGGAAGCAGAAAUAGAACAAGAAGAAUUAAGAAAACUUUGGAUGGCAAAGAAGAAACAAGAGCAAGAUUAUAUGGAUCCUAAUCAAACUAUAAAAUUACAAGAUUUUUCUGCAUAUCAAGAUAACAAACUUACAAAUGAGAAUUUGAGCUUAUUUGAUCUAUUGGAGAAUGAAAAAACCGUGAAUUAUGAAUAUACACGGGAUGAAUUCGAUCAAUUUGAGGAUGGCCUCGAUGACAACUUUGUAGAAGAACUACAAAAGAGACAUGCUCAACGAGUUCACAACAUUAAUCGCAAUCCUAAAAGUUCCUUACGAAAUAAACAAUCAAUGCCUUCUAUUGCAAGGACAAGCAAACCUUCUAUAAAACGAUUCCAAUCGACAAUGGAAUUCGCAAAGCAAAGCGGAUUGGAUGGAAUACAAGAAGAACCCGCAUUUAAAUAUAAUGAUAACCUUAAACGAAAGCUUGACCGUAUUCCUUCAUUUUAUAAUACUCAAGAAUCGGAAAAGAAAACCCAAUUAUUGAACAAAUAUCGUGAUAACAUAAAGACAAAUGACAGCAUCCAUCAACAGAGUCAUCAUAAGAGAAAAAUGGGUGUAGUCAAAUGUCUCAACAACAAUAGAGUAACACAAAACCCGUCAUUUCCAACCCCCACCAAGAAUAUGACAUUCAACUACAGUCAGAAUAGAUGGGAAGGCAACGAAGAAGAAUUGAUGAGAUUUGAGAAUCUCAGUAAACCUGCAUUAAUCACCACCCGCGAAUUCGAAGAACCGGUAUUAAGAUUAGCUAUUCCAACUAAAGGGGAAGGUACACAUAAUAUGGCUUACGAUAAGGAGAGAUUAUGUUGGGUAAAUUUAGAUGGAGAAGAUGACGCUAUAUUUCAUGACAUACCUGAUUUGAUAGAAGCCAAGCCUUACAAAUUGAAUGCUCCGCCUCAAACAGUAAACAAUUCCGCACAAUCCAUAAUGAAACUAGCGCUGCAGCAACAUAUGAACUCCCCCACUAUUAGGAGAGGUGCAAGUCAAUUCACUCAAAGGACUACUUCUAAUAUUUCAACGGGGGAUGUAGAUGGAAGACUUGGUCAGAGAGUGGCUAAUGAUGACGACCACAAUGAGUUUAAGUUGAGUAAGAAAUUGAUUGAGAAAUUUGUUAAGGAAGAUUCGAGAAUUGAAAGAAAAACUCGACAUUGGUUUAACAAUAAUUCAACAAGGAAUUCAGGGUUCAAUCGUGAUUAUUAUUGGGAAAUCAGAAAAAUGGUAAUCGAGAAUGAGUAG